AAAGCCAAGCAGAUUUCAAUCGGAAAGAAGAAAUUCAAUAUGGAUCCCAAAAAGGGAAUCCAGUAUCUGCUUGAACAUGGUUUAUUACAAAAUAUACCUGAGGAUGUGGCACAAUUCCUAUUUCAAGGUGAAGGUCUUAAUAAAACAGCCAUUGGGGAUUACCUAGGAGAAAAGAAUGAUUUUAAUAUGGAUGUAUUGAAGGCGUUUGUUAAUCUUCAUGAGUUCCGUGGUAUGAUAUUGGUGCAGGCCUUGAGACAAUUUCUGUGGAGUUUCCGAUUGCCUGGUGAAGCCCAGAAAAUUGAUAGAAUGAUGGAAUGUUUUGCCCAGAGAUAUUGUGAAUUGAACUCAGAUGUUUUUACUAAUACAGAUACAUGUUAUGUAUUAUCAUUUGCUAUCAUUAUGUUAAAUACAAGUUUACAUAAUCCCAGUGUGAAAGAUAAACCAACAGCUGAGAGAUUUAUAUCAAUGAAUAGAGGUAUUAAUGAUGGUGGAGAUUUACCUGAACAAUUACUUGUGAAUUUGUAUGAAAGUAUUAAAAAUGAACCGUUUAAAAUACCAGAAGAUGAUGGUAAUGAUUUGAUGCACACUUUCUUUAAUCCUGUUAAAGAAGGAUGGCUGUGGAAACAAGGAGGGCGAUAUAAAAACUGGAAAAGAAGAUGGUUUAUAUUAAAUGAUAACUGUUUAUAUUACUUUCAAUAUACUACGGAUAAAGAACCAAAAGGUAUUAUCCCAUUGGAGAAUAUAUGUGUAAGAGAGGUGUCACAAGAAAAAGCUCAUAAACCCAAUUGUUUUGAGUUAUAUUCUGGUGGUAAUGAUAUUAUUAAAGCUUGUAAAGUAGAUGGUGAUGGAAAAGUUGUUGAAGGACGACACAAUGUAUAUAGAAUGUCAGCUGGUAAUACUGCUGAAAAAGAAGAAUGGAUUAAAUGUAUCAAAUUAAGUAUUAAUGAUAAUCCAUUCUAUGAUAUGUUGGCAGCUAGACGUAAAAAUGCUACUGGAUCGGGUGAAUAA